AGGAAGACCGAGAAUCACUCCAUGACUUUCUGGCUUCUGGCCUUAUCAAGCGGGCUCCUGCUAAGCUGCUAAUCGCGCGUCACCUGUCGUCGCUGAUCGUUGAUCGUUGAGCAGGGCAGAAGAUAUUACAACACCGUCCUUCGUCCUAUCGACCUGUUCUCUGCUCGCACCUUGCAUCUACCAACAGGCAACAAAGAUUGCAAGCUCACCCAAGAUGUCUGAUAUCGGACCAGCCCUCCCUCCUCACUUGCAAAAGAAACGGGCGGCGACACCCGAAACCGAGUCCGAGUCUGGACCUCAGCCGAAAGCUAGAUCGAGGUCUCCGUCACCAGAUCAAGCUGGACCUGCUCUUCCUCCUCAUAUCCUCGCUGCUAGAAGGGCUAAAGCUCAGGCUCAAGCUUCCGCAUCAUCAACCUCAUCAAGCUCCGUACCGGUAGCUUCGGCUUCUAACGAGAGCAGGAAGACAUACGGGCCCACGUUACCGGGUAGCUCUGCGUCAGCAACAGCAACAGUACCGACAACAGCUCCAGCAUUGCCGCAACGAACAGCAUAUGCAAACUAUGAAGACGAUGACGAUGAUGACGAUGAUGUCGGACCAAGACCGGAGAUGGCAUACAGGGGCGAUCAACCGGGGGAUGCUGUGCGAGAGUUUUUGGAACGGGAAGAACGGGUGAACAAGCUCAGAGAGGAAGCUGAAAAGCCAAAAGUCAUGCAACGGGAAGAAUGGAUGCUCAACCCCCCGGAAGCUUCUGACCUGCUUUCGAAGAUGGACCCGACCAAGUUACGGUCGAGAGGAUUCUCCGCAAGGACUGAGGAGGCGAACACGGAUAUGAGCGCUUGGACGGAAUCCCCUGCUGAUAAAUUGGAAAGGUUGAAGAACGGCAAGAGAAAGGCCAAGGCGGACGCCGAGGAGGAAGAUGCGAUCCGACGGAAGAAGAUGAGGGAUAUGGAGAUUCGAAAUACGAUCGAGCAGCACAACGCAAAUCACCGGGUGUCAUCCCUUAUGGACCAACAUGCUACCACGGUCAGCAACGCUCCGAAGAGCAAAGAAGCGCCCAUCGUCUGGGAUAGAGAUACGAUGAUGGGUGUCAGCGGCAAGAUGAUGGGCGAAAAGGAUCGCUCGAGCUUGAUCAAAGACGCUCGGGGCUUGAACGAUCGGUUCGGACAUUCCAAGACGGGUGCCUACAGUCAAAUGUGAAUGGCGAUGGGCUGAAGAGGAUACCUUUGGGCAUGCAUGUCAUAUCUGUCGUAUGUGUUGUGUAAUGCUGUCGUGAAGCUCGUCAAUUUACAGGUGGAUCUUUUAAUUUCCGCAAGGCCAUCAAGGCCGU